AUGAUGGGAUCUGUUGCUGCUGCUGUUCCUACUCCUGCUGCUGCUGCUGUUGCUGCUCCUGCUGCUCCUGCUGCUGGUACUUCUCCUGUUUGUUCGUAUAAAUGUACAACAGAAUUGGGGCUGUAUAGAUGCAGCUGUCCCCUUGGGUAUAAGGUGUCUCCUAUUAAUUUAUCUGCAUGCAUAGAUAGGGAUGAAUGUAAGGAGGGACUAGGUAAUGGUCUCCCUGCAUGCACCAGCAGCAGCAGCAGCAGCAGCAGCAGCAGCAGCAGCAGCAGCAGCAGCGGUAUUGAUAAAUCACAAGUUUGUAUUAAUCUACCUGGAUCUUAUCAAUGUGCAUGCGCUCCUGGAUAUAGACUUAAGGGCAGCAGCAACAGCAGCACCAGCAGCAGCACCAGCAGCAGCACCAGCAGCAGCAGCAACAGGGACGGUAAUCUGCAUAAGGCGAUGGGUAUACAAACACAACUUAAUGCACAACCACUAGCCACACAGCAGCAGCAGCUGCAGCAGCAGCAGCUGCAGCAGCAGCUGCAGCAGCUGCAGCAGCAGCAGCAAAUACUGCAGCAGCAGCAGCAGCAGUUUGCAAAAGGGCAGCCACUGCAGCAGCAACAAGUGCCAUAUGCACAAGUUAACCCCACACAACAGCAACAGCAACAGCAGCAGCAGCAGCAGCAGCAGCAGCAGCAGCAGCAGCAGCAGCAGAUGUUGCUGCAGGCUAAACAGAUGACUGCGCCUGCUGCACCUCCUCCUACAGUUGCUGCUGGUGCCCCUGCUGCUGCUCCUGCUGCUGCUCCUGUUGCUGCUGCUGCUGCUAUUGGUUCUCCUGCUGCUCCUACUGCUGCUCCUGGUGCUCCUCUGGCUGUUUCUCCUGUUGUUGCUCCUGCUGCUGCUCCAGCUACUCCUCUUGCUGCUAGUGCUGCUGGUCCUGCUGCUCCUCUUGCUGCGCCUGCCGCUCCUGCUGCUACUCUUGCUGCUGCUCCUUCCCCUGCUCCUGCUGCUGCCACUGUUCAACAGCCGCAACCUCCUGCUGCACUCUCGCAGCAACAGCAGCUUUUGCUGCAGCAGCAGCUCCUCAAGCAGCAGCAGCAACAGCUCCUGCAGCAACAAAAGCUCCUCCAGCAGCAGCAGCAGCCACAGCAGCAGCAACCGCAGCAACUUCCGCUGCAGCAGCAACGUCCGUUGCAACAGCAACUUCCGCUUCAACAGACUCAGCAGCCGCAGCUGCAGCAGCAGCAGCAGCAACCUCAGCAGCAGCUACAGCAGCAGCUACAGCAGCAGCUACAGCAGCAGCAGACACAGCUCCCCCAGCAGAGGCAACAACUACCGCAGUUGCCGCUGCAGCAACAGCAGCACACCCCGCAGCAGCAGCAGCAGCAGCAGCAGCAGCAGCCGCAGCAGCCGCAGCAGCAGCAGCAGCAGCAGCAGCAGCAGCAGGCGUUACCUGUUAGACAGCAGAGGAAUUCGUUACUAAAAGAUGCACAGAAUCUUAUAGUGCAGCAGCAGCAGCAGCUAAUAAUGCAGCAGCAGCAGGAGAUAUUAAGGCAGCAGCACCUAAUAGAGGAAAGAAAAACCCUUGAACGUUAUCAGAAACCUCAGCAGCAGCAGCAGCAGCAGCAGCAGCAGCAGCAACUGCAGCAGCAGCAACUGCAGCAGCAGCAGCAGCAGGGAGUUCCUGUUCGUCGUCUACAACUAGAGAAGACAAUAGAAGGAAUAGUUAGGGCAGCAGCACGCAGCAGCACAGACGCCUACAACAGCAGCAGCAGCAGCAGCAGCAGCAGCAGCAGCAAUGAUGGGGAGAUGGAUGCACAGAAGCUAGCAAGAAUAACUAAACAAUUUAUAACUGCAGCAGGAACAGCAACAUCAGCAAUAAAUGCAUUAAAUAUAGUAACAGGUACUACUGCUGCAGCGCAGCAGCAGCAUCAGCAGCAGCAGCAGCAACGUAUAGCAGCAGCAAAUGCUGCACUUGUACAACAAUUAGGUACAGCAGCACAAAGAUUUAUACCUAGUGAAUAUUAUAGUAGCUAUGAGUGUCGUUGCCCUGUUGGCUAUGAAUGGAAUAAGGAGACACUUGCAUGCGAAGAUGUAGAUGAGUGUCUCCUUGCCCAGGAGGCCUUCCUCCCUCAGCAGCAGCAGCAGCAGCAGCAGCAGGAGAUACAUUUACUAACAGUAGAGCAACAGAAGGUACUGCAGCAGCAGCAGCAGCAGCAGAAACUGUCUCUUGUUGCUGCUGCUAGGCAGCAGCAAAGGGGACAAUUAAUCCCUGGCUUACCUGGUCUAUGUGAUGGUUCUUAUGUCCUGCUGGUUUUAGAUUAG